AUGGCAAAAUUCAAUAAAGGAGACAAAGUUGGACACGGUAAUAAUAAAGUGGGCUACAUUCUAAAAGUUUUAGGACUGGAUCAAUCUAAUAAACAAUCUUAUGUCGUUGGCGAUUCUCCUACUACCAAGGUUGAUGACGGAACUAUCAUUUCUGAGGAUAAACUUACAGCAAAAUGA